AGGAACUUGAAGUACAAUUAUCCUUCAACAACUUUUGAAUUUAGCACUCUAACAUUUCCCUUUGUUUAUUUCCAUCAUAUACACUACGGCACUGGCUUGAAUGGCGUCGCACACUACAUGAGCUUAGGAGCAGGGAAACUGAGCAACCCACCAUCCCAGGAAGCUGAAAGUGGUGGUGAGGAGAACUUAGCAAAUCCUGGAGGAAGAGUAAAUGUGGAGGACUAUGAAAUGGCUGCUCUGCCUACAUUUGGGAGAGAAAGGCUGCUGGGCAUCGCCAAGAAACAAUGGCAUGAGAUUAAGCGCCUCCGAGUCAACGUACGCAAUUUAGAACGAGGGUUGGCCUCAAACCUUGUCAUGGAUGAGACCUAUCUGCUCGACUUGCUUCAGCGCAACCUUGAUGGCCCGCUACUCGAUCGCGUGGUUGAAAUAAUUGUUGGAGAUGUUGAUGAUGACAAUUGCCCUGUGGCUGUAGACACAUGAGAUGUACAGUUUCUGAUGGUUUAUUCUUAACGGGACCCUGAACCACUUUUUAUCAAUGUGGAGCAAUUCAUUAGAAAUUGAGAUAGGCUAUAUCAGAAAUACUUUGCCGCAAAAAGUACUUCAGUGCGUUCAGCAGAAGCAGAGUUAUUGGCAAUCAAACAUAUCCCUCGCAGUGCUUCUGCUCCUUCUUCAAUGCCUUACACUGCGAAGGCUACGGCGGAGCAGGGCGUGCCCACAUUGCUCCGCGUACUGAACGUCACCGUGCUGUGUAGUUCAAAUUUGACUUUGGAUGUUCACGUAGACAGCACUACUUCCAAUUUUGGUGUAAGCCUGAGCAAGCCGCAGUGCACUUGGCCAGCGGACUUGUCGUAGCACCCCGUGGUGGCUGCAGUAUCUACGAUACGUAGCAGACUGCAUAUACAUGCAACUAUAGUGUGUACGCACAGUGUUUUCUUUGUGCACGACAGGGUUUGAGUGCUAGCUCGCACUCGUAUGCUCCAGUCUAACUGUGCUACAUUGUGUGGACUGGCUCUGUCCUGCACCACCUUGACCAAUGGAUAGUAGCCGCAUCCCACUUACUCAUUUUGAAGCACUAUCAAUAGCUCAAUACGAAGCGAAAAUCUGCCAAGGCGUCAAGCAGCCAGGAGUGAGUGCAUGCUGGCAAGCAUAUGUGAGGUCUGACUUUAAAUUUCGCAUGGUUCGAGGCUUGUUGAGUAUUCAAAACUAGUCAAAAUUAGCGAACCGCGAUGGCUACGACACCGAUAAGCAGGGUGGUAAAAGUUUAAUUCUUAUGCGGGUGGCCAUGGCUGAGUGUGAGCAGAUGGUAGUCGGCUUCUUCUGGAAGUACUUUUAAACUUUGUCGAUAAAUAUACACAGUAACAGUGGGAAGAAGCACACUGACCCGAACACCCUUCUUGAUUGAUGUCAGCUAUUGGCCAAUAGCAACCGUGUACGGGAAUCUGCUAUAGUAUUACGAAAUAAAGCAUCCAGAAAAGAGUGAGGAGCAGGCUUCUGUUGAACAGAGAGUGUGUGAAAGAAAGGUGACUUAGCACUCCACUUGCAAGCUCCAUGCACUGCACAUGACUGCAAAACUUGGCUGAAAUGUUCACAGCAGCAUACGCUAUCCGCGAAUUAUGUUUUUUUUACCAUUUCGGCGGGGUGGUUCAGUUUUGAUAAAGAGUUCUGGCUCUAAUAAGCUUGUAUGUGGUAAAACUUGAAGGCAGAAUUUAUCCUUGUCAUUUUGAGAUCGUAUGCCCUGCCAUCCACAGCUGCUGUUGUAAUGCAUUCUGCCUUUCCCAUGAUCAUUUGAUGUAAAAGUCCACUGAACUAGUUGUACAGUUUGUGAGAUAGCUUUCUUGUGCUACCCAAAUCUGACCUGUUGGGUUUCUGCAAUUAUCUGUGAAAUUGCAAUAAAGGUUGUUUUAAGUGCACA